AUGCAAGCCGAAUGGCGUGCGCUUGACAAUAUGCAAGUCGAAUGGCGUGCAUUCGACUUCUACAGGGUCUUGCCCUCAAGGCCUGUAAAGCGACCGAGCGCUAAGCCUUGUGUUGGCUCCAAACUUCUUCCUGUGGCUGCUGAACGCCGUGAAGAUAUUUCCAACUUGAUUCACAAAUUCGGUUUCGAGAUGCCCCGUUGUUCGGCGUGUUUUCGUGCGGAGCGUCCUCAUUGCGUUGUUUCUGAGGGAAAGCAGCGCUGCGAUUUCUGUGUGUCCAAAAAGUACUUUAACUGUGACUUCGGCGUUGCGCGAGUAUCUCGUGAAAAGGAUCGUAUUGAUGAGCAAAAGGAGCAGGCGGAGGCAGAUCUUCAGGAUGCCUUGGCUCGUCUCCAGAGGUUACGUUGUCAGGAAAAACAUUUGCGUGAGAAAGCUGCCGAGAUGGUGCGUCGGGGAUGUGAGGAUUUGGAUGAAUUGGAGGCCUCAGAGGCGCAGGAAUCCUCCGAUCGUCAGGCGGCUGAGUCUUCUGCUUUGAAUGACAUCCAGUUGCUUGAGGGUAAUGAUGUUAUUGACUGGAGUUCCGUUCCCGAUUCUUUCUUCCUUGGGGCUGGUGGAAGUUCUUCAGGAGUCGUUGAGCAUUAA